CGUUUCUGAUUUUCCCGCCGGAAAAAAACCCUAAACUUUUCGCAGUUGUACGGAAAUCGUCAAGGGCUUUGGAUCAGAGGAGAUGAAUCGAUUUUGGGUGUAGUUUGCUCUUACAAAAACAAAGGAAAACCAAGUAUUAUGGAGCAUAAGAAUAAGUCAUUGGCAACUGCAACUUCUCAAGCUCAAGGAGCUUCUGCUGACCCCAUGGUAGACAGAUUGAGUAGUGUUCCAUGUGAAGUUGCUCACCAUAUUCUUUCAUUGGUCAGUUUUAAAGAUCUCACUCGUGUGGGCAGCGUGUCCAAAAGAUGCAGAGAGUUUCAUCUAUCAACUCCAUCAUUGAAUUUUUCUUCCUUGUUUGGAAACAGGCAGCAGCAAUUGAACUUGUUGAAUUGUAUAGAUAGGUAUAUGAUUCAUCGCAGGGAGGAUAAGAUAAAGAGCUUUUGUAUUAAAUGGGAUUUCUCUGCAGGAAUUUCAGAAGAGAGUUUCCGAAUGAUGACUUGGAUCCUUAUUGCAGUGAGGUGCAAUGUUGAAGUGCUUGAUCUUCAGUUGAGGUUGAAUAGAAAAGAUGGGGCAACACUUGAAUUGCCAUCUUGCAUCUAUUGUUGUGAAUCUUUGAGGAAUCUGUUGAUCAGGACAGAGACAGUUCUUAAAGCACCCUCCUUUGCUUGUUCCAAUAAUCUCCAGUACUUGAAGUUGACUAGUGUUAGAAUGGAUGAUGGGUUUGGCAAAUGGAUCUCAUGCUCAUGCAAAUUCAUUAAGGAACUAUUGUUAGAAAAUGUUCAUGUCGGAAGUUUCACCAUUGAAAGCUCGUCUUUGGAAUCAUUUACAUUGGUGUAUACCUAUAAUAGUGACCCCUGCCAUUUUAGCAUCUCAGGUGAGAAACUUGCAGAGAUAAGUAUAGAGUGGGAAAAUAGUCAAGCUAGCAGCAGUAUUACCAAAUCAUUAAAUGUUUAUGCCCCAAAUCUGAAGUAUUUUAAAUGGAUUGGGAAUUUGUUGAGUUACCAAAAUUUGGGGAAAUUUAUGUGUUUAGAAAAAGCUCAUAUCUUUCUGAAGCAAAAGGGAGAUGAAUAUGACUUUGACAAUGCAUUUGAGGUUCUUUGCAGUUUCUACAGGGUUAAAUCACUUGUUCUGAGUGGGGAGGCUAUUAAGGUAUUGCUCAGGGAAGGUUCCAUGCAUGCCCCAUUGGAUGGUACUACUUACUUGGGUGUGCAUAUUAAGAGCUUGACUGAUGACCUAGUCCCUGCAAUGGUCUCUCUUCUGAGAGGAGUGCCUAAUCUGAAGACUUUGUACAUCAAUUCUUACCCUUCCUUGCACAUUGUUAAACCGAAAGCAUGUGGUUUUAAGAGGAAAUACUGGAAAUCCCAAAAUCUGGAUUGUAUUCAUCAGCUUGAGGAGGUAUCUAUAGCACUCUCCACCGGUUAUCCUACUAAUGCCUUGGAGUUAGCAACAUAUAUUCUUGAGCAUGCUCGGAAGUUGAAGAAAAUGGUCAUAUGUUAUUUACCUCGCCAGUCCUAUAUUAUAGAGAAGGUAAAUAAAAGCAAGAAAAUUUCCUCUGCAACUGUUGUCUUUAAGGAAAGAGGAGUGAAUGACAAUGAAGCAAUGGGUGAAAGUUAUUAUUUUGAGCUAUUUCACUUGUACGGGUUCUGAUCUUGUAGUUUUUGAUGGGGAAUAUAGUGAGGAAACCUAAUCUUGUAUUUCUCU